UAUAACUUCAAAAACACAAAGUUUUUACUUCUCUUUCGUGUUAGAAUUGUUGAAAGAUAUACCUAUAGAUGGGUCCAUUCUGGCCGGUUGCCACAGCUGCCUUGCUGCACUCAGUUCGACUGGAGUUCGAGAACAGCUGUUCGCCAGCCCCGCAAUUGGGCAGCUUUAUAUUCCUUAUAGCCGCAAUGCUGCUCGCUUGGGAUAUCAAUAUAUACAUCAAGGACGGGGUGCAUUUGUCGUGUUUGGCGCAGUUCUUUGUUGGCACCUUUGCAUCGCUGGUUAUUUUGGAGUUCUUUAACCUGAAGCUGUGGUGCUGGCUGGAGGCUUGGCUCUGCCAAGCAGCGCAACAUUUGUGCCUCAAUUGGGGCUUGUUGAGCGAAGAAACAUAUCUGGAAUACGAGUAUUGGAUUCUUGGAGCUGUGACAUCUGCAGCUGCCACGUUUAUUUUGUGGUUUUUUGGAAUGCUCACUUUGCCGCACUUUUCGCCUCGAGACCUCCAGAAAGUGACCAUAACAAAUGAGUUCCAGCAAUGGGUAAAUAAUCCACGGAAAAGGAGGUAUCCCUUUAGGCCCCGCUAAGAUAAAACCAUUGAAAUGUGAUAUCCAAGUUUGGAAACAAAAUUUAUUGUUUGUCUAAAUUGAUACGCAUACUGUAUAUUAAUUGAAUGAAUAAAUUAGUUGAAGUGGUCUUACCUACAAAUAGGCCUACAAAUACCAAUGAAA